AAACAUGAGAGUCUUCUUCACUCAUCUUAACUCCCUCAUCAUCAUUCUUAUUAGCUUCUUCUUCUUCAUUACUUCAUCAACCUCUUUGGAUAAUUUAACCGGAACACAAAUCCUCAAAACCAACCAAACCUUGUUGUCAGAAAACCAGACCUUCGUUCUAGGCUUCUUCAGAGGUUCCAACACCAACUAUUACCUCGGAAUAUGGUACAACAACAUCAGCCCUCAAACAAUAGUUUGGGUUGCAAACAGAGACAAUCCCAUUGACAACUCCGCAGGCCAUCUCAAGAUCGGAGACAACGGAAACUUUGUCCUUCUCAAUUCAUCCGGCAACCCCGCAUGGUCCUCCAACCAAACCAGCGCCAAGAAUCCAGUUAUCCAGCUCCUCGAUACCGGCAACCUUGUUCUCAAAGAUUUAUCAGACACGACAAAUAAUAACUACUUGUGGCAGAGCUUCGAAUACCCAACGGAUACCUUGUUACCGGGGAUGAAGGUCGGUUGGAACCUGGACACAGGAACGGAGAAGCACUUAACAUCAUGGAAGGUCGAAGGUGAAGACCCUUCAAGCGGUGACUACACUUUGAAGAUAGAUUACCAUGGUUUACCUGAGGCCCUCCUCCGGAGAAACCAAACUAUAAUAUACCGAACUGGUCCUUGGAACGGUGAGAGAUUUAGUGGGAUCCCAGGGAUGAAAGACAACACCAAUGAUCUCAAGUACAAUUUCACUUAUGAUGAGCAUGGGGUGUGGUUCUCUUUUUCCGUUACAGAACCUUCCUUGUUGUCAAGGAUAAUUCUGUCAUCUGAUUCUGAUGGCCAGUAUCAACGCUACAUGUGGAUACAAGGAAGAUGGAACAAGUUCUCGUACACACCAAAGGAUCCAUGCGAUUACUAUAGACAGUGUGGUCCGUAUGGAGUGUGUGAGAAUGAUGCUUCCCCGAUUUGCACUUGUAUGCAGGGGUUCAGGCCUAAGAACCAAGAAGCUUGGAACUUGAGAGAUGGGUCUGAUGGGUGUGUGAGGAACACGGGUUUGAAUUGUUCGACUGACAAGUUCUUGCAUCUUGAGAACAUGAAGCUGCCGGAGACAAGCAGCGUGUUUAUGAAUAAGAGUAUGACACUUGAUGAAUGUGGGAGUUUGUGUAAGAGGAAUUGUUCAUGCACUGCAUAUGCAAACAUCGAUAUCAGAAAUGGAGGAAGUGGCUGUGUCAUGUGGUUUGGCCAACUCUUUGACAUGAAUGUCCACCGUCCAGGCGGUCAAGAUCUCUAUGUCAGAUUGGCAGCUGCUGAUAUAGGAUCUACUAGCUCCAACAAGAAUCAUAGAGCAGUUCUGGCUAUUGGCAUCACACUUAGUGCACUUGUUUUAGUUUUGGGAUUGGUUGCUAUUUGUUACUUAUGGAAGAAGAGACAACAAAGUUCUAGAGGUGACCAAAGGAACAUGGAUGAUCUAAAAUUGCCAAUGUUUAAUUUUGAUACCUUAAUGAUGGCUACAAACAAUUUCUCUGAAGAUAAUAAACUUGGAGAAGGAGGCUUCGGUAGUGUUUAUAGGGGUAGAUUGAUUGAAGGUCAAGAAAUUGCUGUAAAAAGGUUAUCAGAAAAUUCUGGACAAGGAAUUAACGAAUUUAAAAAUGAAAUCAAAUUAAUUGCCAAACUCCAACAUCGAAAUCUAGUCCGAUUACUUGGUUGCUGCAUUGAGAAGAAUGAAAAGAUGGUGGUCUAUGAAUAUAUGAAAAAUAGAGGACUUGAUUCCAUUUUGUUUGACAAAUCAAAAAAUCUCUUGCUUAAUUGGGAGAGACGAUUUAAUAUUAUAUAUGGAAUAGCUAGAGGACUUCUUUAUUUGCAUCAAGAUUCAAGAUUUCGAAUUAUUCACAGAGAUCUCAAGAUAAGUAAUAUAUUACUAGAUAUUGAACUGAAUCCAAAGAUAUCAGACUUUGGAAUGGCUAGAAUUUUUGACAAAGAUCAAAUACAAGAAAAUACCGUAAGAAUUGUUGGAACAUAUGGUUAUAUGUCUCCUGAAUAUAUUAUGGAUGGAAACUUUUCAAUAAAAUCCGAUAUUUAUAGCUUUGGAGUUAUGAUAUUGGAAAUUAUAACUGGGAAGAAAAAUAGAGGAUUUUCCAGUGAUAAUGAUGAAUUGAAUCUUUUGGAAAAUGUUUGGAGGUGUUGGCACGAAGGAACUAUAUUGACAUUGAUUGAUCCAUCCAUUGGCAAUUCAUAUACAGAAUCAGAAGUCUUAAGAUGCAUACAUGUUGGUCUCUUAUGUGUCCAAGAAUGUGCAGAAGAUAGACCAACAAUGUCUUCGGUGAUUUUAAUGUUGAGUAGUGAAGCUGCAUUAAUGCCUCGUCCUAGUAAUCCAGGGUUUUUUCUAAGAAGAAAUCAUGCAGAAACAUCUUCAAGAAAUCAAGAUAAUACAGAAAGUGUAAAUCAAGUUACUGUCACACUACUAAAUGCUAGUCCCGCAAACAUGAGAGUCUUCUUCACUCAUCUUAACUCCCUCAUCAUCAUUCUUAUUAGCUUCUUCUUCAUCGCUCCAUCAACCUCUUUCGAUACUUUAACCGGAACACAAAUCCUCACAACCAACCAAACCUUGUUGUCAGAAAACCAAACCUUCGUUCUAGGCUUCUUCAGAGGUUCCAACACCAACUAUUACCUCGGAAUAUGGUACAACAACAUCAAUCCUCAAACAAUAGUUUGGGUUGCAAACAGAGACAACCCCAUUGACAACUCCAAAGGCUAUCUCAAGAUCGGAGACAACGGAAACUUUGUCCUUCUCAAUUCAUCCGGCAACCCCGCAUGGUCCUCCAACCAAACCAGCGCCAAGAAUCCAGUUCUCCAGCUCCUUGAAACCGGUAACCUUGUUCUCAAAGAUUCAGGACAGAGCAAUAACUACCUAUGGCAGAGCUUCGAUUACCCAACAGAUACCUUGCUACCUGGGAUGAAGUUGGGUUGGAACUUCGACACAGGAAUUGAGAAGCACUUAACAUCGUGGAAGGUCACAGGUGAAGACCCUUCUUCCGGUGACUACACUUUCAAGCUAGAUUACCGCGGUUUACCUGAGAUUUUUCUGAGGACAAACCAGACUAUCAUAUACCAAACUGGUCCUUGGAAUGGUGAGAGAUUCAGCGGGGUUCCAGAGAUGGACACCGAUACUCAUUCCAUUGUGUUCAGCUUCUCCGAUGACGCGCACGGCGCGUUCUACUCUUUCUCCAUCGGGAACGCUUCUUUGUUAUCGAGGCUAACGGUGACGUCAGAUUCAGACGGAGAACUUCAACGGCGGACGUGGAUAGAGAGCAGCGAAUCUUGGAACAAGUUCUGGUACAAACCGGCGGAUCAAUGCGACCAUUACAGGGAGUGUGGUCCGUACGGAGUGUGUGAUAAUAAUGCAUCGCCGGUUUGCACAUGUAUGAAAGGGUUCAGCCCUAAGAACCCUCAGGCUUGGAAUCUGAGAGAUGGAUCUGGCGGGUGUGUGAGGAACACGGGUUUGAAUUGUUCGACUGACAAGUUCUUGCAUCUUGAGCACAUGAAGCUGCCGGAGACAAGCAGCGUGUUUAUGAAUAAGAGUAUGACACUUGAUGAAUGUGGGAGUUUGUGUAAGAGGAAUUGUUCAUGCACUGCAUAUGCAAACAUUGAUAUCAGAAACGGAGGAAGUGGCUGUGUUAUGUGGAUUGGUCAACUCUUUGACAUGAAUGUCUACCAUACAGAUGGUCAAGAUCUCUAUGUCAGAUUGGCAGCUUCUGAUAUAGGAUCUACUAGCUCCAGCAAGAAUCGUAGAGCAGUUCUGGCUAUUGGCAUCACACUUUGUGCACUUGUUUUAGUUUUGGGAUUGGUUGCUGUUUGUUACUUAAGGAAAAAGAGACAACAAAGUUCUAGAGGUGACGAAAGGAACAUGGAUGAUCUGAAAUUGCCAAUGUUUGCUUUCGAUACCUUGACAAUGGCUACAAACAAUUUCUCUCAAGAUAAUAAACUUGGAGAAGGAGGCUUCGGUAGUGUUUAUAGGGGUAGAUUAAUUGAAGGUCAAGAAAUUGCCGUAAAAAGGUUAUCAGAAAAUUCUGGACAAGGAAUUAAUGAAUUUAAAAAUGAAAUAAAAUUAAUUGCCAAACUCCAACAUCGAAAUCUAGUCCGAUUACUUGGUUGCUGCAUUGAGAAGAAUGAGAAGAUGGUGGUCUAUGAAUAUAUGGAAAAUAGAGGACUUGAUUCCAUUUUGUUCGGUAAGCAUUACAAAUCAAAAAAUCUCUUGCUUAAUUGGGAGAAGCGUUUUAAUAUUAUAUAUGGAAUAGCUAGAGGACUUCUUUAUUUGCAUCAAGAUUCAAGAUUUCGAAUUAUUCAUAGAGAUCUCAAGACAAGUAAUAUAUUACUAGAUAUUGAAAUGAAUCCAAAGAUAUCAGACUUUGGAAUGGCUAGAAUCUUUGACAAAGAUCAAACACAAGAAAAUACAGUAAGAAUUGUUGGAACAUAUGGUUAUAUGUCUCCUGAAUAUAUUAUGGAUGGAAACUUUUCAAUAAAAUCUGAUGUUUAUAGCUUUGGAGUUAUGGUAUUGGAAAUUAUAACUGGAAAGAAAAAUAGAAGAUUUUCCGAUGAUAACGACGAAUUGAAUCUUGUGGAAAAUGUUUGGAAGCGUUGGCAUGAAGGAACUAUAUUGACAUUGGUUGAUUCAUCCAUUGGCAAUUCAUAUACAGAAUCAGAAGUCUUUAGAUGCAUACAUGUUGGUCUCUUAUGUGUCCAAGAAUGUGCAGAAGAUAGACCAACAAUGUCUUCAGUGAUUUUAAUGUUGAGUAGUGAAGCUGCAUUAAUGCCACGUCCUAGAAAUCCUGGGUUUUUUCUAAGAAGGAAUCAUGCAGAAACAUCUUUAAGAAAUCAAGACAAAACAGAGAGUGUAAAUCAAGUUACUGUCACAUUACUAAAUGCUAGGUAGUGAAAGAAAUUUAAAUUUAUACAAUAUAUUUAUAAU